AUAACUCAUUGUCCGUAAACACACCCCGAAAAGCCUCAGCAAGGUCGCAUUAAUUAGAACUCCUCUUCGCUUCACAGCUGUUUAAUCUCUCUCAAGUCACCACUUCUCGUGUGUGUGUGUGUGUGACCUGCUGCUCUCUUCUUACUCGCUUUCUUCUCCAGCAUUGCCAUGGAAGCUCCGACUCUUACUCUUAACCUCCUCCUCCUCAUCAUUGUCUCUCUUCUCUUCAUUUCACUCCCGAGAUCUGAACCUCUCCCGGAAAACCCAUCCUUGGUUCUUCUUGGCGACGGAUUCGAAUGGCCGACCUCUCACGGCGACGCAUUCGACAUAGAAAGCUUUGACGAUGCGGGGGAGGAGGAAGACGACGACGUCGGUGUAUCAGAUCGACGGUCGUUGUACUGGAAAAGGAGGAGAUACUACAUCUCCUACGGUGCAUUGUCGGCGAACAGAGUCCCCUGUCCUCCGAGAUCUGGAAGGUCUUACUACACUCACAACUGCUUUAGAGCUAGAGGUCCAGUUCAUACCUACACUCGAGGCUGCUCGUCCAUCACUCGUUGCCGGAGGUAGAACAAAAGAUCUGCCGCUUUGUCCCUCCACUGGCAUUUUCGUAAUAUUGUGUUAAACCCUGAUUUAAUUACGUUUAAUUAAGACCGGGAAUUAUUAUUACAGUGCUAUUUCAUGUAUUAAAAUUAUGGUAAUUACUAAGGUCACGUGGUUUUGGGUUUGUAAUUU